AGCUGCUUUGUGGUUGUUUCGUUAUGUUCCUGUUGACCAACACCAGAGGUAAGGCAGCUUUCUGAGUUCCUCUGAAAGCCAAUGAUAGGAGACUUUACUGCGCGGUCCAGCCAGCAUCAGGUUCCUGAGAUCCCUGGUGCACUGUUAGAUCUGUUCUAAAGCCCUGGCACCAUGUUGAGGAGGCCUGAAGCGCGUGCCCAGGCUGCAUUAGAGGUGGCACUUGUAGCUGACACUGGGUUAUGGAGAGACACAGAGAAGGCUGUAAAAGCCGGAAUGGCUGCUGGCUGUGCGCUGCUCUGCUGCCUGACUGAUCACGGAGAACUGAGGCUCAGUGAUGUUUCUGAAACUGCAGCUCUCGGUCAUGUACUGGAGGAGUCCUGCAUAGACUUUCUCUGGGAGGUGUCUACAGAGCAAAAUAAAGUCGACAAGCCGAGACUCCUGACUCUGAGACCAGCCUGUAAUCUCAGACUCCAUGAGAUUCAUUCAGAGCGGCAGUUGACGCCAGUGUUCGAAUGUUCUACAGAUCGACUCUUGCAGCUGGUCGAUAAGGACUUAAAUGGAAGUAAGCUGGCCUCUACGAAACUGCUGUCUUUCACUGAUGGUGUCUGCAUUCUCCUGCUGAAUGGAUGUGUCCUGGUACAACUUGUGUGGCAGGAGGGCUCAGCUGAACCAGAGCUGCUGUCCUCCUGUGUUCUUAACCUGCCAUGUGAAACUCAGGAAACGUUUAGUGACCACCAGCUCUGCAAAGGCGAAUUAUUUAUUCUAACAAGCUCCGGAUUUAUAUAUGUUUUUGACAGUGCAGAUGGAGAGCACCUUGCUACAUUGGAUCUUCCUGCAUACUACGCAUCAGGACGAUCAAGAGAUGCAGAAUCUGUGGAAUCUCUCUCUUCCUUCUGCCUUCUCCACAUCUCGCAAGAUCUCAGCACAGCUGUGGCUGCCACCACACAAAACCAAGCACUGGCAGUUGAUCUCAAUGAUUACUUCAGGACUCACACAAAUCACUUGCACUGUCAUAAGGACUCCAGACCCCUUCCUCUCCUACCCCCAAAACCUUGUGAUCAGGACAGCAUUGCCAACUCGAUGUACAGCCAGUGUGUACUGGGUACACACUUCCAAACCGAUCACUCAUGGGAGACAAGGCUGGCAUUGCUCUAUAAGCAAGCUAAAGCACCAUCUCCUCCAGCUCCGCAGCUGCCGUGGUACAAAGACCUCCCUCGCUCCGAGUGCCGUCAAGCAGCAGCCACCGCCAAAAUCAGUCGUUCCACUCUAUCACCAGGGGGCGCUGUGAUGUCUUUCACUGUAACGGAACAGACCACGCCAACCAUGUUAAUUGUCUCCGAAUUUUCCGUAGUGCUUAGUUUUACCACGCCGGGAAACAAAAGCACAACCCUGGCGUACUGGGACCUGGAGUCUCACACUGUUACAUAUCAUUGCAUUGAUGCCCCGGCCCUGCCUGUUUGCUGGUCAGGAGAGGAACACCUUUCUCUGAUUCUGAAAGCAUCAGGCCUGUCUUUGGUGCUGUUCACGGUUUCUCAGGACGAGCUGCUGAACAGAUUGAUGGUGUUUGGAAGUGCCGGGGUGGUGGACUCACUGUGCCAUCUUAAUGCCUGGGGACGUUGUUCAAUGCCCAUCCAUUCCCUGCAGGCAGGAUUAAAGAACCGACAGCUGGAUAUGGUAGAUUUCUUCCUGAAGAGUAAAGAGAACAUUCUCUGCUCACCCACAGGCUACAGUCUGCCUGAACAAUCCCCCACUUCAGCGCAGACGCAGCUGAAAAACGUCCAGGAUCUGUGUCCAGCCUUGGAUCUGCUUCUGUCUGCUAUCCGAGACACGAACACCGAGGCUCAGAGCAGACAGUUCUGCGAGCAGCUGCACAGCAUGACCCUCAACUUCCUCCAUACACAAAUCCGAGUCAUUCUAACCGGCACUCCAGAGCUCGAUGCUAACCUGCAUGAGUGUGUGAAGAUCUUGAGUGGGUAUAUCUCUGAACUGCGUACCUAUUUGAGAAGGUACCCAUGGGGGGAAACGGGUGAGAGCCAGACACCUGCCUCAGACACUGACCCUGUCCCUGAUAUGGCCAAUGAGGAUGAAUGGGAAAACCGCUCUGUUGAGGAGGUUGUCCAGUGUGCAGUGUUAAACAGGGAGCUCCCACGUGCACAAGCAUAUCUACGCAGGCGCAACUGUCCCGAGCAGAAGCUGGAGGAGCUGAGGAAAACCGGCCUAAGACUGGCCUUCACUUGUCUCACACACCGAGACCUGCAGCAGGCCACAACACUUCUCACUAACAUGGGAUUCAAUGUGAAAGAGCAGCUCCACAAUAUCUGUGUUUACACGGCUGAUCAGGACCUUAGGUCCUUUAUGGUCGAAGAGUUGAAAAGACUUAAUCAUUUCUCCACUGAAGACUUACAAAGAGUGGAGUUCCUUAAGCAGAUGGAAAACUUGUUCUCUAGACCAGCAACAAGAUGCAAAAAACCUUUGCAAAAGAACAGGGUUCUUCAAAGAAGCCAGCCGGAAGAUGUAAGUAAAAACCUGCUUCAGGAGAUAUUACCCAAGCCCUUGUCUUGCUCAAUCCAGUCUCUGGUUGGCUCGGUGCAUCUGGACUGGGUCAGGCACUGGGAUGAUGACACACAGAAAUCUGUCCUGCUCUCCCGACUCCCAGACCAAAUACUGGGAUCCUGCAAUCCAGCUGUGCUGUGGUCAUACCUCACCUCCCUACAUGACCAGGAUAGAGUUACUGCGUGGUUGAAACACACAGCCACACAAGACUGCAAGAGCUCUGCUGCCUCUAAGUGGCCUGCGUUCACUGCUGCUGUUGUGGACGGAAACACCUACUGUAGUGAUUAUAUGAAAGACCAAAUUCUGGACAUGCUCGCCAGGCAAGAAGUGUUUGUGCAGUCAGAAAUGUCUGACUUUGAGCAGCUGCUGUGGAGAUUAGCUCAGGCCAGAGGCGUUAUGCAAGACGUCAAUCGCACUCCUGUCCCACAAUUCCGUUCUUCCAAAGGACAGGACUUUCAUACCUGCUUUAUUCAGCAUUGUUUGGAAAGCAAUCUACAUUAUCUGCUUUAUACCUACUUGCAGCAUUAUAGAUUGACCCCCGAUAACUGUCCUGCAGUCGGAGACCGAGAUCUGUAUGAGAGCUACCCCUGGUUUGAGAUGAUGGUCAAACUGCAGAACAUUACAAGAGAUCUUAAAAACCCGGAACUGGUGUUUCAGGCAAGUCUGACAAGUGCGCAGGUGCUGUUACCAGGCAGUCAGGCUAGUGUUAGCAGCAUGCUACUGGAGGGGCACAGCCUUCUUGCUCUCUCCACUAUAAUGUUUGCACCUGGGGGCAUUGAUCAGGUGGUGAAGGAGGGCGAUAAAGGUCAAGACGCCCUGUCUAGAGUGGACCCGCAGCUCCUGAGGAUGGCUCUGAGUGCAUACCCUAAACUCAAAGCUGCUCUUUUUCCACAGAUUGGCCCAAGAGUUACAUCAGUUUGUGAUGUAUCGAUAUACCACCUCAUGCAGUCAUUGCAUCCACUGAAUCCCUCCAGAUUGUUUGGGUGGCAGUCUGCGAACACACUGGGCACCGCAGAAACCUCAUCAGAGCUGCCUCAUUUCUCCAGCCCUCACCUGGUUAAUAAGUUUGCACUCGUUGAGAACCUGGACUUUUUAUAUUACCUCCAACAUGGCAGACCUUCCUUUGCAUAUGGAAUUUUCAUUAUUCAGCAUCUGGCUGAUUCCAGCAGUGCCAAGCUGCAGAUAAGUCAGGCUCUGGAGCAGGCGUACUCUCUGGGCAUUCUGAAUUUCAGCUCUCCAUCUAUAUCUUCAGCAUGUGUGUGCUUCUUCGAGUUACUGGGUGUAUGCAGUCUGAAACUGAGAGUGGAUCUUAAAGCUCUCAAUCUUAUUCUCAAGCUCUGGAGUCAGAACUGUGAGGAGAGUGGCCUGGCAUCACUUAAACAGUCUCUGGUGGAGAAGGUAAAUAAAGUGGUGGCAGCAGAGAGACAGACCCUAGAGGAAAUACUGUUGCAUCUGGAGGGAGCAGUGAGGGACAGUGUGGAGAGCAAAGCCAUCAGCAGGUCUUCAUAUGAGGCCGGACAGGAGUGGGCUCUCCCUGUUCAGUUUUGCCACCUACAUGAUUUGCCCCUGAGCACACAGUACCUGCAAGACUGUGCCACGGAUGGCCAAUGGCUCAACUUCCUGCUGUUCGUACAGAUACAUCACUACCCUCCACAACAGGUGAGAUAUCUAGCAGCCAGCUUCAACCCAUGUCUGCAAGCUCACCUCUUCCUGGCCUUCCAGGACCUUCAGCUAGUGAACUCUCAACAAUCCGUGGAUGGCCAAAGAGAUUCCUUUUGCUCGCCAAUAAAGGAGGAAAGCUCAGAAUUCCCCAAGGAUUUGUUCCAGGUCCUGUUUUAUAGCCAGGAGCAGCCUAACCCCUGGCAGUACCUGCUGACAGAAGCUGUUGCACUGCACAAUCCACCACUUACAGUACUGGCUGCUUGUCACCAGGAUGCUGAGCUCAUACAAUGCCUGUGUGUAUGGAUAUUGACCUCUGUCAAUGAAGACAUUGCCCAGGAAGCUACAGCCCAUAUCAACGAAAGUCCUAACCACCACACUUGGAACCUUUAUGACCUGUCAAUCCUGUGGAAGGUCCUUCUAGAGAAGUGCAAGAUCAGACCUUUGAUUCGGGGCUUUCAGCUGUUUCAGAGGGAAUCUCCCCUGAUCCACAUGUUGCAGAUGUAUGAGCUUUGCUACGACAACAAAAACUACGAAGGAGCUAAAGACAAGUUACAGGAAUUCCAAAAAUGCCUACUUAAUAUAAGGAACAGUGGUAGUGUCCUUGGUUCUGACUGCCUCCCGGUUCAGUGGGUAGAAGCUCAGGCUUCUGUGCUGCUCCUCACCUUGUUGCAGAAAUGCGGGACACAGUAUGAACUGUGCAGGCUGCUGCAGCUUCUGGCUGAUAUGGAGCGUAUGCUUAAAUCUAAUGGUCCAGACUUUAAAAAGCUGAGUCAGCUGAGCCAAAUCCUGGCAGAGACACCAGUGCCUUUGUCCCCGUGCCUUCUGGAGAACUAUACCACUAAGAGCCUGCAGAGGGAGUGCCAAAGAAUGCUUGAGGAGCUGCAGGACAUUUCUCUGUUCUGUCAGGCAAGAAAAGUGGCCGAACUAGCAGGGCUGCCCUUUGACUGCCUGAUAAUAAAUGAGCUGUUGAGGGAUCUGAAGGUGCUAAAGGCAACACGUCAAUGGGAAAGACAGGAAACUCGAUUGGCCUUCUGGAGAAAGUGUCAAGAGCAGUUUAAGGCAGACUGCAUUGGAGCAGAGUCAGCCUACCAGUUUUUCCUGUCCCAGGCAGAGGAUCCUGUGCAAAGAGACCCAGAGCUGCUUCAGGUACAGGAGCGAUGCCUUCUUCUGGCUUUAGCUGCUCAUUGGCUUUGCCAGUGCAGCCCCUCUUCAGUGACACGUUUAGCUGAACUGGAGAAGCGACAAUGGGAAUGGCGUAUCCGCAGGAUGGUCCUCAACACAGCCCUGGAACAGCAAAGCCUCUUCACUCCAUCCACUGGACCAGAUGCCUUUGACAGCCUCCUCAAAGAAUUCUCUUUUUCCAAAAUGGCCAUCCUGGAUGAUCAAGCAUAUUUGAGCAUUGAGGUUCUUCCAACGACAGAGGAGGCUUGCUUGUUAGAGGAACCAGAGAAAAAGGCACUGUCCACGCUCAUUGGGCAGCUGCUGGACGAGGGGAGUGUUCACGAAGCAAGCAGAGUGUGUCGAUAUUUCGACCUGCUGCACAGAGACGUCUGGUUGGUGUUGCAAUGCCGGGGUUUGGCCUGUGGAGAAAUCCAGCCAGGACUGCAGGAGCUUCUCAGACCUGAGCAAGAGUACAGGAGGAGCUUGCCCAGCUGCUCCAGCACAGGAAGCCUGUCCUCUUUCGUUGUGGUUUCCUCACCUGAAGACCAAGCUCUCUCUCAGCUUCAACUUCUAGUAGACCAGUGCCGUCACGGCAAAAGCUACUGCAAGCAGGUCCUCGGUCUCUACGAGCUCUCCAAGGAGCUGCGUUGUUCCUACAGUGAGAUCUCUUCUGAAGAGCCAGAGGCAGUGCUCCGGAAAGUUCUCCUUUCCCAGCAGCCUGAGCGCUUUAGGAAAGCGCAGGCAUUUAUUAGUGUGCAGGGCUUAAAACCUGAGUCUGUUGCACAGCUCAUCACCUCUACAGUGCUGGAUGGACUGCUGGCCUUCUCACAAGACAGAGAGACAGCAGAGCGCCAUAUAUUCAGUCCUUCAGAAGGUAAAGAGGCCUUCUUGCAACUGGCUAAACUGUGCGGUGAUCCAAACUUGGUGGGCAUCAAGUUAUUGGACAUCAUUCCUACAGUCCCCCUGGUAGAACUGGGAUGCACUGUGGAGCUGCUUAUCCUGGCACAUGACUGCUUCAGUCUGACCUGUAACAUGGAGGGCAUUGUCAAGGUCUUGCAAGCAGCCAGACAUCUCAGCCACACACAUCUGGCCCAUGGAGAGAGAUAUGGGCUGCUGGUCCGAUUAUUGACUGGUAUUGGAAGGUACAACGAAAUGACAUACAUCUUUGACCUUCUAAACCAGAACCAUCGUUUUGAGAUGCUGCUAAGAAAGAAAGUGGAGUCGAACACUAGGUUAAAGACAGCUCUUUUGGACUACAUUAAGCGCUGUUUACCAGGGGACAGUGAGAAAUACAACAUGGUGGCGCUGUGUUUCAGCAUGCGGCGAGAGAUCGGAGAGAAUCACGAAGGAGCCGCUCGAACCCAGCUCAAACUUAUCGAGUCCCAGCCAUGGGCGGUUACCCCAGAGCUCAAAAGUGCCUUAGAGAAGGUCCUCUUUUUGCUGAAAGAUGCUGCAGAAAGUUAUUCGAAGGACUCGUGCAUGCGGCAAGCGUUGCGGUGCGUAAAAAUGGCAAAACUCAUCACCCUGCAGCUUCACUUUCUCAAUCACGGACAGGACCAUCGUGUAGUCAACCUCCGGCCAUCUGAACUCCUCGGUGCCAUGAUUACUCUGCCACGCUGUUAUCAGACAUUUAUAGUGGCUGAGGCAUAUGAUUACAGUCCUGACUGGGCCGAGAUUCUGUAUCAGAAGGUGAUUCUGAAAGGAGAUUUCUCCUAUCUGGAAGAGUUCAAGCAGCACAGACCACUUCAUGCAAGUCUGUUUGAAGAAAUCUCGAAAAAACUAAUAGUGAACAAGCCGCCAAAGACUGUGAGUCAGAACAUGAAGAAGCUGCUGCAGUAUUGUAAAAAUGUCUAUACCCACUACAAGCUGGCGUACGACCAUGAUUUUGUCGACGUGGCCAACAUGCUCCUACAUGACUCCAAAACAAGCAGUUACCUUAAUGACCGAUUAAGCAGCUGACGAUCCAAUUAACAUCAUUUCUUCCCGCAUUCCUCUGCUUUCCCUUAUAAUAUAAUAGAAUAUAUUAUAUAAUAGAAUAUAACAAACCAUAACAUUGCUUUUUUCAAAUUAAUUUUGUAAUCAUGUCAAUCAAGGUAUGUACAUGGUGACAUAAAUGUACAUAUUUAAAAAUUUAUUAAAUAUAACUUUGCUAAUUGAUUAGAUGUUAAUUGCUCUGUUCUUGUUUGUAAUGAGCUACUGAGCCACCAGACAUCUUGAUCUAUGUUUAGCAGCAAUGCAUCCGUGUUGUUGAACUUACUGUUGUAGAUGCUGUUCUUAUUGUUUAUAAGAUCACUGAAAUGAUUUCCAGAGCCAGCAGGUGCAUUUUCUUCAUGCCUUGUCAGUAUUUCUUAGAAUGUAUUUUAUUAAAAUGUAAAAUAUGACAGUGUUUUGGAUUUUGAUAAACAGGAAAAAAAAAAACGAUCAGAAA